AUGAUAGAAUAGUCUCAAUAGAAACGAUCUUACAUCAAAGUUCCUCCAAGUAAAAAGAAGGCUUUGAUUCAUAAAGUUUUUCAAAAUGGAUUAUAAAUAAAGCAAGUAUUUAUGAGUAUGAAAAUAUAGGCAGCUUAGUAAUUAUAAUUAAAAUAUGCUACUGCAAAAACUAUAAUACUACUUUAUAGAAGCAAAGUAGUAAGAAAAAAACUUAUAUUUUCAUCUAAUAAACCUUGUUUAAUUCUCCCUUUAGACAAUAAAAAGACUAAUGUUAAGAUAGUCUCUUUAGUGGCUGGAAAACUAUAAAAUUAGAAAUGA